AUGACGUCCGCUUUUUGUGGCUACGAUGGGGGCGAUUGCUGUCCGUCGACAUGCAUCGUCUCGACCACCGAUUACUGCCCCGAAGAUAACAGCCAGUGUGUCGACCCAUUUGCCGUCGACUUCGGCUAUCCGGGUUUCGAGGACUGCACCGGGUAUCCGCCAAGUAUGGGUAACGGACUAUGCAUCCCAGAUAACAACACCCCGGAAUGUGGGUACGACGGGGGGGACUGCUGCGAGUGUUCGUGCCAACCGGGACAGUUUAUGUGUCUCGGACGCUUUGACUGUCUAGACCCGUCUUUCAAUACCACCGAGUGUGUGACGAACACCACGGCCUGCGCUCCUGACCUUUCGAGGGAAUGGCUGGUGGAGAACACCGCCGACGCCAUCGAGUUGGCCAACGCCAUCAAUUGCACGGGGGGCACGUUUGACGUGGAGUGGCGAGGAAGCGUACUCGUCCCCCAGACACUGUGGAUAUCGCAGGGAACUACUGUCAACAUCACAGGGGUGGCCACCACAGCGAGUCCAGCUGUUGCAGACGGAAACGGAGAGUCUCGGAUCUUCGGCGUGAUCAACUCUUCUCUUAACCUACACGGGAUGACACUCUCCAACGGACAUGGCGUCGUAGGUGGGGCUAUUUUUAGUGCCUUGGGAACGGUGACAUUCAGCGGGGGUAGUGCAUUGGUCAACAACUCGGCCGAUGAGCACGGGGGGGCGAUGUUCGUUGACGGCGGGGCCGUGUCUUGGGACGGUGACAUGAUUAUUGCUGAUAACUCAUGUUCCUGGGAUGGAGGCGCCAUUCUCAUCCGCAGUGCAGGGUCCGUGUCAUGGAGCGGCAACACGACUUUCAUCGGCAACCAAAUCAACAGUUUCGGCCACAACGGUGGCUUUAGCUACGGCGGAGCUAUCAAUGCUAUACUCGAGUCCAACGUUUCUUGGACCGAACAGACGAGCUUCAUUGAUAACCGCAUACAUGUCGAUGCCGUCGACCGUGAGGUGGUGUGCUACGGCGGGGCCGUGGCGGUGGACUCGAACAGCUCGGCAAUCUGGAGUGGGAGUACAUUGUUCGAGGAUAACGAGGCGUGUUUUUGCGGUGGCGCUUUGCACGCAAAUGACACUGGCAUUUUCUCAUGGACCGGAGAAACAGUUUUUUCCAACAACCAAGCAACGAGCGUUUUUUCCAACAACCAAGCAACGAGCGGUGGCGCUGUUUGCUUGGAGUGGUACUCGAGUGCUUCCUGGUCCAAUUCGACAGCCUUCGUGGGGAACAAUGUUAGCGAGGACGGGGGCGCUCUCUACGUGACAGAUAUUUCGUCUGUUGUUUGGACUGGAGCGACCAGGUUUGAGGGAAACAGUGCAAGGAAUGGCGGUGCGGUUCAUGUCAGUGGUACCUCUUCUUCCGUAGCGUGGAGUGGAGAGACAGCUUUUGAAGGCAACUUUGUAUCUGAAUCUGGUGGUGGUCUGUUUGUAGGAGAGGGCGCGGAGGUAAAUAUGACCGGACGGACGGACUUCUCGAAAAACUACGCUGACUUGCACGGGGGCGCCGUGGUAUCGGCCUUGAACAGUGUCACAGACGCGACCGAAAGCAUCAUUUCGAUCGACGGCAUCACUUCGUUCUUCAAUAACUCGUGCCAAUUCUGUGGUGGAGCCCUGAUGAUCAGCGGAUCAGUAUCCCUUUCCUUCGCAUCUGACAGUACACAGUUCCUGCAAAAUGUUGCUGAAUCCUCCGGCGGGGCCGUCUGUCUCACAGGCGUUGGGGAAGGCCCGACCUUUAGCGGAAUACGUUUCGAUUCAAACUCGGCGCAGAUCGGGGGGGCUGUGCGCUCCACGGGAUCGGGGACGACCGUAUUGGCUACCGGAGAGGAGUUUCCGGUGACGUACACUGGCUGUAAUUUCACAGGAAACUGGGCGACGGCCUCGGGGGGGGCGAUAGAGAGCGCUGCUGGAAAGGAUUUGGUGUUGAAUUCUACCUUCUUGGGCAACACGGCGAGUCAAGGGGGUGCCGCGAGGUUCGCUGGCUCAAUGUCGGUCUCGAACUGUCUGUUCAUGAACAACCAUGCAGACGAGCAAGGAGGACCAGCGAUACACAACUUGGGCUACAUGGACGGCAUAGAAGCCUGUACAUUCGCCGACAACCAUGUUGUCUGCCCUUCAGGAUUUUUCCUGGACUUCGUCGAUGGUGAUCGAUACUCGAACGUCUGUUCUGGAUGUGAAGAAUGCAACGAUUGCGUCGUUGCUGACAGCAGCGAAGUCCCUACGUGCACAAUCACGCCUGACCACGCCCAGAGCACGGGCAACACCAUCGAAACUCUCUCGAUCGACCCUGGCUAUUGGCGUGCAACCCCUUCAAGUCGGAAUAUUCUUGCCUGUCACAACGCGGACGCUUGCUCGGGCGGAGAAACUGGGGCUGCCGACUACUGUGCUGAGGGCUACGAGGAUUGUGCGGUGUGCAGCGAUGGAUUCGCCGAAUCGCUGUCAUUCACAUGCAGCAACUGCUCGGAUGGCAAGGCAACCGUGGUGGCGCUGGUGGCGUUGCCAAUUAUGGUGAUGCUGGGGCUGAUAUUGCUGGUGUACAUGGUGUCGAACGAGCGCAAUCGCGACGCUCCCUCGGCGGGACCAUGGCAUCGGUUGAAGCAGCUUCUUCCUCUCCAGUCACUCAAAAUCAUGAUCGUUGUUUGGCAGAUCUUGACCGAGCUUGCCUCAGUCGCCACUGUGUCCUUCCCUGACGUCUACGAGCGAUUCCUUGACGGGGCCGCCUUCCUAGGCUUCGACUUUGGGUGGAUGCUGUCCGCCGGAUGCUUCGUCAAUAUUGACUUUCACGACCGCGUCGUGACAUCCACGGUCGGGCCACUGGUGGCUUUGGCCAUCCUAGGGUUGACGUAUAUCGUGGCGCGGUGUCGAAAUCGCUCUAAUGACCAGGCUCUCCUGAACGUCCGCCGGAAGCACGUGUCUAUGGCUUUGUGGGUAUCGUUCCUGGUGUAUUCGCCAGUUUCCUCGACCAUAUUCCAGACGUUCUCUUGCGAAACGCUGGACGACGGAAAGGAAUAUCUUCGUGCGGACUAUCGCAUCGACUGCGACUCUUCCAAACACCGGGCGAUGGAGAUAUACGCGGGGCUGAUGAUCUUCGUGUACCCGAUCGGCAUUCCGCUCGCCUACGCAGCCCNGCAUACAGGUGUUAUUGUCUUCAUUUUUCCCAAUGAGUCGGGACAGAUAGCCGUGACACUGGUGAUGGCGUGCACAUUCGCCUUGUUGUUCGAAGCCCUCGCUCCGUACGACAGCAAGUGGGAGGCUUGGACUUCUCGAUCCGGUCACGUGAUCGUGCUGCUCAGUAUUUUCGUCGCCUUUCUACUCGAGCAACGUGUUACCGAUGGGACGAGUGAGAGUCAAGAUUUAUAUGGAGGAGUUCUGUUGGGCAUGAACGUCUCAAUGAUUUUGGCGGUAGUAGUGCAGGGCAUCAAUAUGGCUUGCUCUGCGACCCGACCAACUGAGUUACUGCUACCACGAGCGGUGAGCUCAGCGGCUGUCGGUUUCGAUGUCGAACACAGCAGCAGCGAAUUUGAAGAACACAGCGGAAAUCGCAUUGCCAGUAGUACUGCCCGCACACAGGACAGCGAGUCGUUCCGCUCAGCUGUUGAGGACUUUUCUGGUAUUGUUUCCAGGACCGGUACGAGUUUCCGCCAGCGUUGACCGCCGGAAAGCCGGUGAUGCCUUACUACUCUGAUGACGAAGCGGUCGAAAG